CGAUACCAUGAUUUUCCGGUACGGUAUUUUGACAAAAAAAUAUUUAAUUAUUUUAAAAAUGAUAUUUUAACGGUACAAAAGGUUGAACCACGGUUGUACCACAAAAUAUCAUAUCAGAGAUGAAACCGGUAUGAUGUCCGGUACGGUUUCCUGAACCAUGCAUGCCCCCCGCAAGUGAAGCCGAGUAAAGGCAAAACUUGGAACAAAAUUGAUGAAAAGAGAGUAGUUAUGGUGUCGUCACGUCGGGCACACACCUGCCGCCCUUGUUGGUAGUCUUCUGCCGCUUGAAAAUUGAUGAUUUUGUGGGUACAUCCUGCUAGAACUUCUGUGCCCUGGGUAUUGCACCGGAAAGAAAAAGCUCUCGUCCAUGGUGUGGGGAAGAAGGAAGGAGCUGCUUGGGGGAAAGUAGAGGUAUCCUGGGUAAUUGAUCUAUGAAUGGGAGAAGCGACCUGGUGAGUUUGGACUCAUCCUGCCGAUAAAAGAAGGGGAAAAAAAAGUUUUAGGGUUCCUAGAUCUGAAGGUUGUUAAGCAAGAUGCUUUGUAACAUGUGAAUGCUCUAAAAGUCUGAGUCUUGUAUUAUUGCUUAAGCUGAAUAUAUAGUACAUUGUGGCAACAGAUUGUCGUGUUUACAGUAAGCCAAUAACAAUGUGGCUGUGAAAUAGGAACUGAAAGUGAUGGAAUGCAACAGGAACUUGAAGUUGUCAAUAUUCCUUAUCAGUGCCUACACUCGUAUAGCAUUUUACUGGUGAGAAAUGGUUGGAACAUGAUUAAACAACGGUUUAUUGACUAAGUUCCACUCGUUUUACAAUUUUUUGGUGAUUGGGUCUCAGCAAUAUGUUGCUUGGGUCUCAGCAAUAUGUUGCUUCAUGACCCCUCGUGCAAUACAAAGCCUACUAGUUGUUUAUAGCCGAUCUUAGAGAUAGUGUUCACGUCAAUUUCAUUAUUGACAUCGGUUAAAUCAAGUUUAACUAGCGAACAUGUCACCGACUUAACAACCAUUAUCAUAACUCAUCCAGAUGGUGAUUCAAACAACGUUGCCCGAAUCACCUUUGCCGUUGGUUGGACACUUUUACUUACAUCCAGUGUUUGGUAGGACUGUAGGAGGUUAAAGCAUCAAAGCAUGUAGGCAUGUAGCCAACGGCUCCUUAGUUCCUUUUUUCCCCUUCCAUUUUAUAAUUUUCUUGUUUUCAAAUUGUACGUUUAGAUCCGGCCGGAAUUUUCCCGUAGGGUUUUCUCUUUGGUCUCCCCUGCUGCUGCUGCUAAUAUUGCACAGCCCUCCCCGCCGCUACAAACAGUGGACUUUUAAUUGUGGGCAUUCUCUUCCGCCGCCGUCUUCCUCCCCUAGAAAUCCCAGCUCUUCCCCCUCUCAAUCUCCGGCGAACUCGAAACCCAACUGCCUAAACAAUGACGGAAACCCAACUUCCAGCAGGGCCGGCGCUCAUAAAGCAGCUGGCCGCCUCCGACAACAGGACCCGCAGCAGAUCUCUGCGCGCCCUCCUCUCGGCGUGGCUUCCUUCCCAGUCCAGUCUCCCCGACGAAGACAUGAAGAAGCUCUGGAAGGGACUCUUCUACUGUCUCUGGCACGCCGACAAGCUCCCCGCCCAGGCCCACCUCAUCGACCGCCUUGCUUCUUUGAUUCUGGCCCUCGAUUUGCCCUUCUCCGCCCACUACUUCUCCGUCUUCCUCCUCACCAUGCGCCGCGAGUGGUCCGGCAUCGAUUUCCUCAGGUUAGACAAGUUCUACCUCUUGAUGCGUAGGGUUCUCCGCUCUGUUUUCCUGCUCUUGAAGAAUAACUCGUGGGAUUUGGAGCUGUCGAAUCGGUUUAUGGGUAUUGUGGUGGAGAGGACGUUCUUGGCGGAUGACAAGUUCCCAGGGGGGAAUGGUGUGAACUAUCAUGUCGCGUCUUGUUUCCUCGAUGAGCUCAAGCCGUUUCUCCCUCUGAGCAAGCCGGUGGUUGAAGCGCUCUUGACGCCUUUCGGUUCCGUGUUGAGGAAGGUGAUUGAUAAGGUGCUGUUGGGGAAAAUCAAGGGCAAUGUGUUUGAUGAGUUAUUGAAUAUGGGGUGGGGAUUGCUGGAGUUUAAGAAAUCUCAUACGGAUGGUGAUUGUGAGAACAAAGAUGUGGUCUUGCUUGGUACAAUUGCCUUAGCUAUGGGGUUCUCUGCUAGGUUUUAUGAGCUGGGUUCUUCUGCUGAAUGUCCUCAAGGCAACAGGAAAGUGUUGUUUGGUUUACACGAGGAGUUUUUGAAGUUAGAGAAGGCAUUGGCUCUGUCCGGGAUCGAAAUUUCUCUUCCUCAAGUUAAUGUUGAUAGUACAGAUAAUGAUGACGAUGAAGUGCCGACUUUGGUGCCCAUUGACACUCAGAUGAAAGAAUUGGAAGGUCGAAAUGGAGGCGUUGGCAAGAAGGAAUCGAAGAAGAGUAAAAAGAGGAGUAAGGAUUCCUCUGACAAUGAUGGAAAAGAUGACAAGGAGAGGAAGAAGAAGAAAAAGAAGAGCAAGAGGGAGAAGCCGGAAGAUAGUGGUGGUGAUUGCAAGAAAGUAGCAAAUGGUGAUAAUGUUUCCAGUGACGAGAAGAGCACUGAUCUGGAGAGCAAUGCGAUUACUUUUGACGAUGCUGUCAUAGCAAACCUCCAAAAGCAGUUUGAGGGAGCCGCAGCUGAAGUCAGUAUGGGCGAUGGUGUUGGAAGCUCGCUCGAGCUCGUGGAAGUGAAAGGAAAUGUCCUACUAACCAAGAAGAGGAAGAAGAGAACUAAGACUAAAGAUGUGAAGCAGUCUGGAAAUGUAGAUGAUAAAGAUCAAGGGGAUGCUGCCGCCAAGAGCGAAGACAAAAGCGUGAAGAAGGUAAGGUUUGCCAUGAAGAACAACUUGGUGUGGAAGCCACACAACCCUCUGCCUCCAGAGAGCUUGAGAAUACCGCCCUCGUCCACCCCUAGAGGUAGUGCCCUCAAGAAAGGUAUACCUCCUGGUCCUAUCAGGGAAAUGCCCUCUGCAGCCAACAAGGCUAGAAAGAGAGCCAAGUCCCUGAAGGUUGGUGUGAAGGCAAGAAGAGGUGUCCCUCCUACCGUCAGACACCUGAAGAAAAGAAGAAGUUAAACCCCUCUCUCUCGCCCCGAUCAUAGUUGACAAAGUCUGCUCUAGUUUCAUUUUUGUUGUCUGAAUAGUUUGAUCUUGUCUGAGCUUUUUAAGAUAUGAUGAACUGUGUUGAUACCAUUGAUUUAUUUCAUCGACGUUCAAGUGGAAUGGCGAAUUCAGGCCAUGAACUUGAUAUAAGGGUAUUCUUUCCAUUCUUCAGUAGGGCAUUUUCCGGUUCCUUGUCCAAACUCUUCCAUUGUCUCUGUUGUGGAGAAUAGUAGAAUGCUACUUCUGGUGGGUUACAAGCCAUACUAUUUGCCUUACCUCACCUGCCACCAUGAUUGAGUUGGUGAUCAUGGUGGUCGGAGUUUACCUUAGCGUCCGAGCUGAGAAUCAUUUUGUAGGAGUUUUUCGAACACCAUGAUAGGAAGAAACUGAAUGAGUGGAAAAAGAGUUGCAGCAGUAACUAUAACAGAUCUAUACAACGGUUGUAGAGGAAGAAACUAAGCAAAAAGGGAACAGAAGCUUGAAGUACAGGGGAAAGCAAAGCUGAUAAUAACAGUUGUUUGUUUCUUAUAAUCAGGGCCUGUGCAAGUAUCUACCAGCAAGCAAGGCAGCAUCCAUGACUACAGAGAUGACAUCGAUGACGUCGGUGGCCUGGCAGGUGCUGCCUUUGAAGCUAUGUGCUCCUGAUUUGAUGAAGUUCUUCAUGCAAGUGAUCAAGUUCUCGCUGCAUUCCUCACUCAGAUAGUCAUCUGCAUUUGCAUAUGUGGAUACAUGGUCUGAUGGUCAAUACUCGAUCAAAGGAAAGAAAGACGGCAAUUGGAAAGAAAAGGUAGGUUUUUUUUUUGCUAAUUAUGUUAAGCGGUUAGGCUGGCGAUGUACUGAUGUUUGGCUGUCAGGCUUGGUUGGCCUUUUGCCAAAUUUGUUGGGCUAGGUGGUCGCGUUUAGUCGUCAGCUUUACUAUGUUAAGCUUUCAAACUGCCAUAAAAAAACGAACACUUUGGAACAACAAUAAAAUUUCUUUUAUAUUAUGUGUUUAUGUCUAAAAAAAUUAGACCUCUGUA